CGUGACGUAAAGCGGAAGUUGACAGAUGAAGUGUAAAACCCACACAUUCGUGGGUGUAUUUGAGUGGGGUACGGCGUUACUGGGCCAGCUGAAGUGGUUACAUAAAGUCUCCCGAAUAACUCGACGCUUGUAUCCGGGCUUAGGCACGAUGCUGAGCGCCGCCGCCGCAGAGAGGAACAAGGAUCCCAUUCUGUCGGUGCUCCGAGACAUUGUUAACACCGAGAGACCCCUGCAGGCUCUGGAGAUAUCCUCCGGCACCGGGCAGCAUGUCAUUCACUUCGCACAGGCUCUGAGGAAUAUAACCUGGCAGCCGUCUGAGUAUGACCGCCAGUCCCUAGCCAGUAUAGAAGCCUACAGAGCUCACUACCAGCUGCACAAUGUGAAGCCUGCCAUCCACCUGGAUGCGUCUCAACCCCACCAGUACUGGGGAGGGAUUCAGCCUGAAAGCCUGGACCUUGUGCUCAACAUCAACAUGAUCCACAUUUCUCCUUUGUCCUGCACAGAGGGAUUAUUCAAAGGGACUGGAGCGCUGCUGAAGCCACAGGGUCUUUUGUUGACAUAUGGGCCAUAUGCAGUGAAUGGCCGGAUAACCCCUCAAAGCAAUGUGGACUUUGAUUACAGUCUAAGGCAGAGGCAUCCUGAAUGGGGACUAAAGGACAUCUCAUUUCUCAAUUCAGUGGCCCAGAAAAAUGGUUUAUUCCUGGAGAAAAUAGUGGACAUGCCAGCAAACAACAAAUGUCUUCUGUUCAGGAAGGAGAGUUUAGUUUAAGGUUUCCUGGUGAUCCAUCUCUAAGGAGCAGGAUGGUCAAAGCGCCUUAACUUCCACAUAAACCAUUGAAUCAUUGCCUGCAUAACUUAACACACAUUAUUUCAAUCUUGUUAUUUUCUAUGGCAAACAAUUCUUAUGUAUUGCACAGUUAAACUCUUACAUGAAUGUUUAUUUUUAUUUAUCCUAAGACAGACAGCAGUUAAAUUAGUAACUAAGCAUAAGUGCUUUUUAGAGGUAGAUAACAGAAUAAAGAGUACAAGAAAAAGCAUGACCAUAGGGGCAAAACACGCAUAUGUUUUUAAGAGCACAUAAAAUAGUCUACAGGUCAUAUACAGCAGGGAUCUAUUUUAAAUAGUACAGAAUAGGUUUUAUUCAACAUAAUGAAUUUGUUCAGCAGCUUUUCUAGCUGAUUUUUUUUUUCCAGUUUGCAAUUCAAAAAUACAAUUUUAGCUCUGUAUAAGUCGUCUCAUAAUAUCCUGAAUGUAAUAUAACCUCUGUUUGACUGAAUAUAUACAACUGAUUCCCAUUACUUUAAAUAAAAUGCUGUAAUCACUUAUAUUCUUGAAAAUAAAUCUGCCAUUGUGUCAGCAAGCUUCA